ACACUGUAUCGUAUCUAUUGUUUGUGAACAGAUUAUUGAAACACAACUUACUAAGUUUUAUUCUGUGACUUGAAUUUUGUCUUGAAUCCGACUGUGAAUGCAUUCAAUAUUUUAGUGCAUUCUCCUCCUUCUGUUUCGAAUGUGGGGUUCAUACACAACCGAAUUUAAAAGGGAUAGACAUUUUUGAAAGGAACACAUGUUUAACAAAGUCUGUGCAAAUGCAGCUUGACAUUUGGAGUUUUUUGACAGCAGAAGUGUAAAUGAUGCUAAAAGAUGAGUGUAGAGGUCGAAGUAGUAGACGGCUCCGCAUUUAAGGAAGCACUUCAUUCUGUGAGAUCAGACAAUACUUCCGAUACAUACGUGAUCGUUGGUCAUGUGGACGGAGAUCAAAAUCGGAUAAAUGUGGUGACAGUGGGACAGGAUAAUAACGAGAUAGCUUCCUACAUGGAUGAUUGCCAGAUGAUGUAUGUUCUUGCCAGAUACGAAACUAAAUUUGAUAUGUCACUGACUAUUAAAUUUGUUUAUUUUCGAUGGAUUGGAGAUAAAGUACCUAUACAGAAGAAAGGAAGAUUUGGUGUUGUAAAAGGAAGUGUUGAAAAACAUUUUAAUCCUUAUCACAUGUUAUUAGAAAUAAGCUCUGUCGAAGAUUUUAAUACAGAAAAAAUACUUCAUCAGCUUGAAGAAACAUCAGGAACUAAAUCAAAGGUUAUCGAAACAACGGAAGGACGACAGGAACGAGGCUUCACCCAGACACAACUACCAAAACGUAAUCAAGGAGCCAAGUUUGGUGUCAAUGAGAUAUCAAAGACAGGAGCUAAUCUUGAAAUAGAUCCAGGUGUACGAGAAUAUAUCAGUUUAGUUCAAGAUAACGAGGAUCCUACAUCAUGGCUUCUAGCCUGUUAUCAAGAUAAUAAUCCCAAGAUGCCAAUUAUAGUAGCUGGUAAAGGGGAGGGAACUGUAGAUGAACUGAGAGAGAAUUUAGUAGACGAUCAAGUUAUGUAUGGUUUAUACAGAGUUACUGAUAAAAUUGAUGAUAUUACUACUGUUAAAUUUGUUUAUAUAAUAUGGGUUGGAACUAAAGUAAAACCAAUGACAAGGGCUAAAAUUUCAACACAUCGUGGAACAAUGGAUGAGUUAUUUGGACCAGCUCAUGUCAAUAUAUUUGCCAAUGAAUUAUCAGAUAUUACUGAAGAACUUGUUUUAGAAAAGGUGACUUUUGCAUCUGGUACAAGAUCCCAUGUUAAAUAAUUACGAUGACUAUGUGUAAAGGAGUUCACUGUAUAUAGAAAGGAAGUGAUGAUGUUCAACAUUUUAACCAAGAUCGACCACCAGAAACUGCUUGACUCAUUUAUUUUUCGCAGAUGAUCAAAUUAUUGUUUUUGUUCAGUCCCAAGCAUGCAGAUAAUAAAAUGAUUCUCUAUCGUUCAACCCUUUAGCUCUCUGGUACUUAUAUUUACUGGCAGUGUCUGCUUUAAAUCGGGGGUUGGAUGGCCGUAUGGUUAGCACUCGUGCGCUGUAUCAUACGGUCUGUCAUUGAGUCAACUGGCGAGGUUUCGAUUCAACGGUUGUACGUGACAAGGAGUAGGGUCGCCCAUCCAACCUCGUGGGUUGUCUCCGGGUCCUCCGGUUUCCUCCCACUGCUAAAGACCCCUACGCGCAUGCGAAUUAUUGAAAUAAAAUUGAACCAUGUGUUAGUCCCGAAAUGACCUAGUUUGUGUCGAGUGGACGUUAAACCCCAUUUCUCUCUCUCUCUGCUUUAAAUCGUAAUGUCUGACAUUGAGUCAAGUUGCAGGGUUUCGAUCCAUAGCAUGUAUGUGACAAGGAGUAGAGUUGCUUGCCCAACCUUUUGGUGUUUUUUUUUAGGGUCCUCCAAUUUCCUCUCACUGUUAAAGAUCCUAAUGCGCAAGCGAAUUAUUAAAAUUAAAUUGUACAAUAUAUUAGUACCGAAAUGACCUAGUUUGUGUCGAGUAGAUGUUAAAUUAAACCUCAUUUCUAUUCCAUAAGAAAUUAUACAUAGUUGAUCUUUUUUACAUUUUUAAGCUCAUAUUUUAACAAAUCUAAACCUGCAUCCCCCUUGACCUCCCCAAACCACCCAAGUCAAAGAAGUAGUAUUCAGUUCUUUAACAGUUCACAGCUAUUAAUAUGACUCACUGUGCAAGACGAAACAGGCCCCUAGUUCAUAAAGCAUUCUCAGACUUUAAGUUAGGAAAUACUCAUUGUUCACCUUUAUAAAACUUUGUUGUUUUAAUAUAUCAAAUACAUCAAUACAUCAAUAGUUCAUAAAGCAUUCUCAGACUUAAGUUAGGAAAUACUCAUUGUUCACCUUUAUAAAACUUUGUUGUUUUAAUAUAUCAAAUACAUCAAUAACAAGCUAUGUACAAAAUUUUGUGUUUCUGGAUCAAAGAUAUUUCUCAUAAACAGUGAUUGAAAGUUAAGUAAAUUCUUAAGCCUGAGAAUUCUUUGUGAACUCAGGCCAAAUGUUUCAGGCAGUUUUAUACAAUCCAGAUGCUAAAGGGUUAAACUAAAGAGACAUUUUAACUGAAAUAAAAAUACUUUAAAUUAGUACCAGGCAAUGAUUCUGUGUCUUACGCUGUAGGACACCUUAACAGAACACAAUGUUUAUGGGGAACAGUCACUGGUAUUAUCCUUUUAUCAUUAUUGUUUGUGAUUGUUAUCCAUAAAAAUUGUGUUUCUCUAUGGCUAAAUGCCACUUAAAGAUUAUGUAGGCUGCUACCUCUAUAUAUUCAACAUUAAAUCAUAUGAUUAUAAAUAUAUUGACCACUAUACAACGAGAUCUGAGUGUCGUUUAACAAACUUUUUAUUUUAACUUAUAUUAUUUUUAUAUUUCUUUUCUUUUUUCUAUUUUGUUUUAUUGUAAGGGUUUUAUUGCCCGUGCAGAGUUAAGUAAUAUUUCUCAUUAGUGGCAUACUCAUAUUUUUCAACACUUUUGUACUAUUUCUUGGUAUUCAUAUCGGCUCAUAUUCCUGAAGCAGUGGUAACAAGCACUGUUAGCUCAUUAACCAUAUGUCGGUUUGGUGGUCAUGUGGUCUAAUGCAUGCACUUUAGUUCAAAAGGUCUGUCACUGAAUCCAAUCUCGAGUGGCAUGGUUACGGUGCCAAGCUUGCAUAUUAAGGGUCACCUACUGGAUACUAGUGCUUGAUGGUUUUCUCUGGAUCCUACAGUCCUUCUCCCCCCCCCCCCCCACACACACACACAUCACUACUGCAAAAGACACCUGAAAUGAUCUAGUAUUUUUUUGAAUGGACAUUAAACCCCUAUUUCUCUUUUUUUUUCUCUGGGUCAAUCCAGAAACCAGCCCCAGGGGAAGUUAACUCUUUAUAAAAACAUUUUAUUAAAAAAAAUAACUAAUCAGGGGGGAUAACUAAUAAGGGAAACCACUGUAGAUGUUGCUGUGGUUAAUUUGCUGAUAAUGCUUGUAACCACGGAUACAGGAAUAUGAUUGUUUUUCAUUCAACUUCAUCAAUAUUUUUUUUUUGUUUUGCUCAUAUUGAUAAACAUUCACUGGUUAAGGUGAUUUCUUGUUGAAUUGGAAUUGAACUCGGAUCUGAUAAUCAAAUUUAUAAAGAAUAUGCAACAUACAAACCAUUUCAUCAGUCCACAUUAUAUAUUUGUUUUUAUUUGACCAAAUUUAAACAUUUCCAAUAAUUAUAUUUUGAAUUCCAACUUUGGUUAUUUUUAAAGUUUUUGAUAUAUAUUUGUAAUUUGUCUGUUAUAUUAUUGUUAUUAGACAGUUUAUUAAACUGUUAAGUUUGUAAAGAUGUUUGAUAAUCUUGUUUAAAAGAGCUGAACCUCUUUGAUUCUAAGUCAGCAUUAAGUAUUGAAUGGGGUGAAUCUGAUGUUUUAUUUCGAUAAUGAUGGGACAAUGCUAUGCGAUUAAAUUGUUGUUUUGAAAGAUGAAAAUGAACUCAGCUUGGUUUGUUUACUAAUUCAGUUUCAUAUUUUAGCCUAUUGUUUUGAUGCAGAAACACAACAAAUGUUUGACAGGAAAACCCCACAGGGGCCUGUAAUGUGGAAAAUCUCUUUCAAUAUUAAACUGUGAUUAACUGUGUGAGAUUAUAAAAUAACUGGUCUGAAUCCGAUUCAGGGGCAAAUAAUCCGUUUUAAGUGAUUCUCCAUGUUACAGGUGCCUGUGGAAAGCCCCUGGUGAAUAGCAUUAUAUUUAAUGAUUUAUCUUAAAUUUCAACAGAUUUCCUAUUGUAUUUUUGGUCAGUAAUGGUGCUACUUAUUUUGCACAUUGUAUCAUUAUUUAUUCUAGAAUUUUCUUGCCAUUCUUCUAUAACUGUAAUCUACUUAAAGAUACAUUAUAUAAGAGCUAAAUCUUCCCAUUGCAAGUCUUCCUUUGGGCCUUAAAUGUUAUAUAAAUUAUUAAUUAGAUAUUUAUUAAUAUGAAAAGACCAUAAUCAACUCUCGAUGCCAUCGGAUGGCUCCGAUUUUAAGUAGAUCUAAAACGGUUCGUCCAUUUAUUGAUUUAAUUUAAAAAUGGAGAAGCGAGGCUAAGGUUCAAAUGACCAGUAGAGUUGUUACAAUCAAUACACUACAACACUACAACCAUUGAUAACUUUGCUCAAAAUAAUGCAAUUUGAAUUUAUUUAUUUUGCAUUAUCUAUUUUUGAAAUAUUAUAGCGAGAACAGUCAUCUCUUUAUCUAAAUCUUACAAAAUGCCCCUUUAAAUAAUUUUUCAGGGAAUUCACGUAGGCAAUACAAAAAAAUAUUCUAGUUCUCAGACAAUUCCUACUAUAAAAUCUGACGCGGGAGAGAAGUUUUUAUUUUAACGCGCAAGGCACUAUAUUCAUCUUAUCAGGAAUGUGUGAUUAUUCAGUAUCAUUUAUGAUUGUCAGUAUCAUUUAACUGGGUUGUGUACUUGAUAAAAAUGAGCCUUUGCCACAUUUCAGGAUUUAUUCAAAUUAAUUUUUUGGUAGAGCUACUUCCUGUAUUUUUUAAAAUAAAAACGGGUCAUGCGUUGAGACUAGAAUAUUU